GUAACAUCGAAUUGAUUGGAUAUCAUAUCCUUUUAAUUUCAUGUGAUAUUAUGUAGAAGUUUCUUGUGCAAUUCGGACUUGGACUUUUGAACGAGAUGUACAAGGAUAUAAUGUAAAUGUAUCUGCUUUUAUUUAUGAAAAGAGAAUUAAGGAUACUUUUACAUUGUUGAAAAAUUCUACAAGAAAAUAUGUUCGUCGACCUAACAACCCCAGAAAGGAAUGAUUUUUUGUCACAGACUUAUGGAAGCUUAAUUCCAGGUUAUACUGGCCAUUGUCCGACUUUGAAAUUCCGAUAUGGAAGAUGUUACGGCGCGAACACUAAGGACAUCAUCAAAGAUUUGGCGGUUAAAGGAGCAGUCAAUGCUGCUUAUAGAGAACCCGAGCCUAGCAGAAGAAUUCUAGGUCUGAGGUAUCCUGAAACAGAUGAUUCUGAACAUCGCUAUAGAGAUCCGGUGCCAAGUGCCACAAGGGGUAGAUACAUACAUGGAUAUACAGGAUAUGUCCCCGGUAUGAACUUCUCCUACGGCCGAUCCUAUUGUCCUCUCGCCGAAGAGAAUUACGCCAAGUUCUUGGCGCGGAUGACCCAGUCGAGGGUCACCUCGAACAUAGAGCCCGCCCUCAAGCUGACCGCGCGCCUGCACGAGGCCAAAACGCCCGUCAGGAGCAGAGACGGAGUCACCAAGGCGCUCAAGGACUACCAGGAGAAGCACAAAUACAGAGAAGAGCAUAUAUCUCCGGAGCACCCGCCCAUAGCAGGAUACACGGGUCAUCUGCCCCGUGUGAAGAGCGGCGGAGCCUCUUUGUCCCAAAGGUACCACAAUGCGGCCAAAACGGCUUUGCUUAUGUUGAGAGAGGAGAGGGAAUUAAGAGGCAGGUGACGCGAUUAGGAUUAGAAUAAAAUAUUACAUACAGGUAAAAAUA